AAAGCCGACAAAAGAAAGGGCAAGCCCACUUCUUCAAACACCAGUCAUCUGAUCAGACAAUCACAUUAAUUUUCUUUCCCUUUCUAGGCCUUAAUAAGUCUGCUGGUUGCUGGUUUUCUUUCCUGCCUGCUUUCUCUUUAACUCCUAUUUCUCCAUUUCACAUUUCAACAAUUUCAUCUAGCCUUGUUCUACCUAAUAAUGUGACACUUUUUGUUGCUGUCUUUAAUUCUUCCUUAAUCUCUUUUUCCUUUGCUCAUAGCAAAUAGCCAUAGAUCUUUCUUCUUCAUUAAUCCUGUUCUUCUUCUUUCUUUCUUUCUUUCUUUUUUAAUAAUUUUCCUUUCUGGGUUUUUCAUUUUCACCAAAAGGAAUGUAAGAGAAAAGAAGAAUCUUUGAUUCACUUUGUGAAGAGCAUAUUCCUCUUGCAACCAAGCCCAGUUCAACUUUUUCUUUCUAAAUUUAUCACCUUUUUUUAGUGUUAAAAAGAAAAAAAAACUGAAUCAUCUGUAAUAUCAUUGUCCAGAGCCCAUCUUUUCCAGCUUUGAAAAUGAUGGCGUUUUUCCAACAGUGCAUUUCUAUUCUCCUGAAUUUGGGUCCCAUAAAUGCUUAAAAGUUUUUUUUUUUUUUUAAUUGACGCCACCUGCUCAUCGAUAUCACAUUGUUUAAAAUCUUUUUACAGUUCAUUCAUGCAUAAUAAAUAAAUAUAUAUUUUCAUUUUGUUUAAGUCAUAUUCUUUUCUGUUAUUCUAAUAUUCAUUCAACCACUUCUGAAAUCUUGUUGCUUUGGUCAAGUUUUUAGUGCUCACUCGUUGAUAAGUGCCCUAAAAGGGUUCUUCCUUUUCUGGUUAUGCUCAAGGUGCUAUUCUAUGCCUGCUGCUUGAAUUUCUGGUCUCUUGACUUAUUCUUUCAGCAUAUGCAAAUAUGCUUGAAGAGGAGAGAUUCCUCCAUGGUUCUGCGCUCCUGCUAUGUAUCUCUCUUGGGUCUUUGCUAUUUGGGGUUGCAGUUUCAGAAAUUCCAUUGGGAUCUAAACUUUCUGUAGAAGAAAAUAAUUCAUGGGUUUCUUCUAAUGGUGAUUUUGCAAUUGGAUUCUAUAACCGCCCUGAUCUUCCAAACCAGUUUAGUGUUGGCAUUCGUUUCAAUUCCAAGUCAAUUCCUGUUGAUAAACAGAUAGUGGUUUGGGUUGCUGGAGCUGAUGUUACUGUUAGUAACAAUUCUUAUUUCCAGCUUCGAGAGAAUGGAGAAUUGGUUCUUUUUGAUGCCUUGCAGAGUCAAGAAGUGUGGACCAGCAAAACAAGCCAAUUAUCUGUUGCUUUAGCUUUUCUUCGUGAUGAUGGCAAUCUUGUCUUACUGAAUGAGAAGAAAGAUGUAAUUUGGCAAAGCUUUGAUAAUCCAACAGAUGCGCUUCUUCCUGGCCAGAGACUUUCCUCCUCUAGAAUAUUGAGAGCUGCCAGCCAAAAUUAUGUUUCAAGUGUAUAUAGCCUCUGUAUGAAUGUUUCUGGUCAACUACAGCUAAGGUGGGAAAGCAGCAUCACCUAUUGGAGAGCUGGAGGGCCUUCUCACUCAAAUCUCAGUGCUGUUCUCACUCCUGAUGGAAGCCUGCAACUUGUGGCCCCAAAUUUGGGACCUGUUUGGUCUGUGUUUGGAGAAGAUCAUAAUGACACGGUAAGAUUUAGGUUCCUUCGGCUGGAUGUGGAUGGCAAUUUACGGUUAUAUUCAUGGAUAGAGGUUUCACAAACAUGGAGAUCAGUUUGGCAAGCCGUUGAGAAUCAGUGUAAUGUCUUUGCAACUUGUGAUCAGCGAGGCAUCUGUGCAUUUAAUGCAUCUGGUUCCCCUGUUUGCACAUGCCCAUUUCACCACACAGCGCAUUCUAAUUCAAAAUGUUUGGUUUCAUCUCGGCAUGAGUGCAAAUCCGGGUCCAUUAUGGUUGAGCAUGCCAGCAUGUUUCUUUACGGAAUUUACCCAGUCAAUGAUUCUAUCUCCCUAACUAGUUUAGACCAAUGCAAAAGCAUGUGCCUCAGUGACUCAAGUUGUACUGCUGUAACCUUCACAAAUGAUGGAAAUCCAAAAUGCAGGAUGAUGAAAACUCAGUAUGUUAGUGGUUAUUCAGAUUCCUCCUUUAGUUCCACUUCUUUUGUGAAGAGGUGUUCAGACCCCAUAGCUGUUGAUCCCAUCUUCCAAAUGAAGUCCCCGCCACAAGCACACAAGGAGUCUUAUAAAAUUUGCAUUCCUUGUAUUGUUGGAGCAGCCUCAGGCACAAUUUUUGUGUUUGUUGUGAUUCAUUUGGGAAUUGGAUUUUACCUUUAUAAAAGAAGAAACACUUACCGGAGAAUGGCUGCUGUAGCUUAUUCCAGUCCUGAGUCAAAAUGUUUAAUCAUGUUAUCCUUCACUGAGAUCAAGGACCUUACAGGCAAUUUCAACCUCCAAAUUGGGCCUAAGAUGUUCAAAGGUGCCUUAUCUCACAACCAACCAGUUGCAGUCAAAAAACUGGAAGCUACCAUUGAAGCAAGAAAAUUUCGAGCUGCAGUGUCAAAGGUAGGAAGCAUUUAUCACAAAGGUCUUGUCAAGCUGGAAGGCUAUUGUUGUGAGUUGGAUCACAGGUAUUUAGUCUAUGAAUAUGCCAAGAAUGGCUCGGUGGAGAAAUAUAUUGAUGAUCCAACACUGGCUGAGAGACUGACUUGGAGAAAGAGAAUGGAGAUUUGCUUAAGUGUCAGUAGAGCCAUAUUUUAUUUGCACACAGAGUGUAGAGAAUUUUUAUGCCAUGGAAAUUUGAAAUGUGAAAAUAUAGUCCUUGAUGAAAAUUUUGAGGCUAAAGUGAACGAAUUCGGGUUGGGGAUGCUUUAUGGUGAGACAGCCACCCAUAGGGCUUCAGCACAAAAGGAUGUGGAGGAUUUUGGCAAGAUAGUUUUGAUACUAGUUAGUGGCUUUAAAGAAGUGAAUGAUGUUUUUGAUUGGGUUUACAAAGAAUGGAUGGAAGGUCAUCCAAAGAAUGUAGUAGAUAAAAGACUUGAGGAUGAAGUCGAUGCCCAAGAACUGGAGCGUGCAUUGAGAAUUGCAUUUUGGUGCCUUCAGGCAGAUGAACGUGUGAAGCCAUCUAUGGGGGAGGUAGUGAAGGUGUUGGAGGGUACACUUCCUGUUGAUCCUCCUCCACCACUUUUUGGUUGCUGGAGAGCACCAAGGGAGGAAGAAGACUCAUCAGAGUUAGGCUCAAAGACAUUAGGAUUGUGAUGUACAAGUCAUCAUUUUCGUUGAUUUUUCAUUCCCAUUUUUGUACAGUUAGUAGGACUAACAUUCACAGUAAUGACACUCUUUAGAGGCUUUGUUCCAAAAGGGGGCAUCUGCCAAAAUUUCGCCUACUAAUGUUAGUGCAAGAGCCGCCUUCCUUUCGUCAAAUUGUCGUUCUUUCCUUUAAUAUUUUGGCUCAGCUUUUUCUGUACUUUCUCAUGGUUUUAGUUUCAGACUUUGAGUACCAACAUAAGCGGGCAUUCUUUGGUUGAGUGGGGUCUCGUUGCUCAAGCAAAAUUGAAAGGUAUGAAGGGCGGCUGAGCAGAUGGCCGACGGACAGUGCAUCCUGGGUCGGGCUUGACAUAUUAAACCUGGAGCUCCUUCUGCUUAACAACUCCUGAGUCCUGAAUCAAGAUGAUUAUAAUAAGAAGCCACCAAGCUUUGAUGAUCUGAAAAUGUGACCGAAUUAUAAUAAAAAAUGAUAGCUAUCAAUAAAACCAUGACCAUAUUCUUUGGAAAUUCAA